AGGUGUAUCGAUAUCUUUGGCGUAUCGAUAUAUUGUUUGCAUACCUACUUGCAUGGCAAGAAGCUGCUGCCUUGGAUGCAUGCAUGCAACAGCGGAGUGCAGCCCGACCAGAUCGAAUUCUCGUUGCAACGUUCUCCGGUUUCCUUAAUCACGUUUUUUUCUUGUGCGCUGAAUAAUGCAUUUACAGUGAGACCGUUUUAAAGAAUGUUACCUUUAUUUCAUGACUACUUACGAUAAGAAUGAGUACUGAAAGAUGGUGUGAUACGAGUUUGCUUCUUUAAUAUUUUCGUGCACGCGGGAUACAGUUCAUUAUGCUCGACCAAUGCAAAGCCAUGAAGAUGAGCUUCUCCUUGUCUUCGCUUCAGCCAUUAGGCCAUGGCUUGGACAAGCAUGGCCAAGCGGGGAUAGCAAUAGAAAGACCAUACAACAGUCUCACAAAAAAACGGAAAGAUCCAAAGCAAUUUUCCAGUCAACGUUUGUGGACAAAUCGUGAAGACUGCAAAGAUGACUUCUGGGCAGCAAUACGAUCUAAUUAUGAUUAUAUUAUGGAUACUAAUUUAAUUGAUAGUUGUAAGGAAGCUAAUGGUGAAUUAACAUGGGAUGAGACUGAUGUAUCUACACAAUCAUGGAGUUUAAAAGAAGUUAGUAGUCAAUUCUCAGAACUAUAUACAUGGCUUACAGUUCUACAAGAAUUGGUUUAUUCUAAGGAAGAAAAUCUGUUAGAUAAAAGCCUGCGUGCGGCUCACAUGGAGGAGCUGCGACGUAGGGCUUACAGAAGAAAGUUAUUCAAUGAACAAGCUGCAAAAUUAGUGUCACGUGCCCCUGCUUUAAAAGACGAAGUAGCGUGGCGUGUUGACCAUUUGAAUGCGAAAUGGGAAUUAGUUGAACAAAUUAUGGCACCUGUUGAGCGGCCCAUAUCCAAUCAGCAGGAUAUAUCAGCGGAUUUUGAGCAUGAAGUGAAGUGUUUGAGAAAAUGGCUCCGUGAGAUGGAGUCUCGUCUCCAACCUUUGAGUUUUCAUAUCGACUGGACUUUAGCAGAAUUGGAGGAAAAAGCAGUGGAACAUAUGGUACUCCAACGAGACAUAGAGGCGCACGGUCGAAUCGUCAGCUCGGUCGUCAAACUGGGCGACAAAGUGUACACGCAACAAUUAGAGAAACAACAGGAACAGGAGAAACAACAGCCGCAAGAAGAGGAACUAGACCAACGGGAGCCGCCGCAAGCCUUGCGAAUCGUACGAUCUCUGGAACGUCGUUGGCAUUUGCUGUUUCUACGUGCCUUGGAAUGGCAAUGCCACAUCGAAACACUUGUAUCACGAAUAAGCAGCAAGAGCGUAGUGCCUUACCGCUGCAGUAGCGACAGCGACGAGGAGCCAGUCACGAAGCAGCCCCGACUCAGCCGCAGACACUCGCGCGGCUCUGGAAGGGAAUCCCCGGGUCAGUCGGUCCGCUCGACGCGAUCCGAACGCUCGAAACGCCACAGAGCGACGAGAUCACGGUACUUGGAGGAUCCAGCCGCGACCAGAGCGGAUCUAUCCGACACAGACGCGUCUUCCGAGAAUCGAUCCGUCGGCGAAGGAUCUUACUUCGAGGAUGAAUUAUGUCAGCUGUGUGUGAUGGACGCAAAGUCCGACGGAGCGGAGAAUUGUGAGGAAACCGAUCGAAUCGCGUCCACGUUGGGCGAUCAGGGUGAGGAGGGCGAUAUCGAGGAGGACGCAGUCACGGAGGACGAAGAGGACGACAUGCCACCAACACCGGAGACCGUGCCGGUGACAAAUUCGACGGGAAUCGAGGAAAGUUGCGACCAGAUCGACGGUAGACCCGGAAACGUGGUGGGACAAACGAACGGUAGUCUAGCUAAGAAAGAGACAGCGAAACGCCGUAGAACGACAGAGGAGGCCGCCGCCUCUUUCAACACAUCCGACCGGAAGUCGAAGAACUGCGCGACCUUUUACUUCCGUCACCUGGACACAGACUCCGAGCAGAACGAGGAGGCCGCGAUUGUCGCGGAGGACUCGUCCGAGGAAGAGUGGACAUACACAUCCGCGAACGACGCGUCAGAACAGCGCAAGACGAACGUCCUGGUGCGACUAGAUUUCGGCGAGACGCCCAGGAACAACAGCAAUCAGCGACGCGGCAACGAGAUCGCCAUAAGAACCUCAACCGUUAGGCCCGUGAAAGAGGUGACGAUGGAGUGCGUGGACGAGACCCCGAACGAAACCGACGCGUCCUUGCAGCGCGAGAAAGAGGACAGCGACGACGAGACGCGCAACGACAAGACCAGCAUUCAGAGGUUGAUCAAAGAGGUCGAGAAGCUGGUCGGUGAAGAGAGGCGAGCUGGUGUCCCGAAGACGUUUCCCCAGCUCAUAUUCGACGAUAAGGCGAUGACGAACAAUCAUCGUGCCAAGUACGCAAGGAUCAAGGAGUGGUUGAAGUUGAACUCGGUCCGUGGGCACGAGGGACGACUGUCCACGUCGCAGCCGUUGGAUAGCUGCGAUGCGAGCGGCGAGUACACGACUGAGGAGUCCGACGGGGAUAGGCAGUCGGUCUCGUCCGAGGAUCUGCAAAGCAGCGUAGCGACUUACCGACGUUUCGAAGGUGCCCUCGGUUGCACGUCCCAGUCGGUGUCGCAAGAGAUCUUCGACGAUCCGGAGAAGACGCCGGUGAACGAGCCGAAUCCUAUCUUGGACGCGAGCACGCCGAAAGUCGUGAUGCGUUCGAAACAAAAGACGAACGGUCCCAGGCCCUGGAGCGUCUCGUGCAUCUCGCAAAUCGGGAACAAACCCGGCAUGAAUCAAACGAACGAUCCGAUUUCGCAGUUCUCGAUCUCGGAGACUGCGCUCCAUCAGCUGAUCGCCACGCCGCCGACAAAGUCUGCGUCCCUAGAUGCCACGGGAUCACGAAAGUCGUUCAACAAUUCAACAUCCACGCUGAUGGAGGAGUCGAUCAUGUGCCAUGAUGGCCGGGUUGUUCGGAACAGCUCGUUACGCCGGAAGAAGAGCAGACUGCGCAAGAAGAAUCUGGGCCGCAAAAGUGACUCGAGCUCGGAGGCGGUGAACGCCAACAAUUCCGCCGGGAGCGACGGCAGCUCGUCGAAUCAGCAACGAUCGACACGAAAAAUGAGCGGCAGUCGUUCGAUACGCACGAUCUCACGUGACUGUCACGGACGGUUGACGACCCUGGUAAAGUCCGGCUCGUUCUCCGGGUGCACGGCUCAUCAGCAGCUCUCCGCCGAGAGGACGAUCGUCAGCGACCCGACGCCGCCAUUCAGGUUACCGUGCUGUAUCGCGGUGGCUUCCGCGUCCGAGACCGAGGCCGAGGAGCAACGUAACUGCACGCUCGCGCGUUUCACGUACGAAGACGGGCUCCUCGACACCGUGCUCGCCGGCAAACAGCUGUCCAAUCAGCAGCUGAACGUCGACAGCGACGUCGAGAUGAACAGUCUUGGGAACAACUCGUUCUCCGAGCAGGCCUGGGAUAACUACCAGGAAAAGUAUAUGAGCGAACCGUACAGCGAAGCGCCGGAUGUAGAAACCGCUCGACGAUUGCUGGAGUUUGGAGACGAUUACCGAAACUUCCUCGAUAGUCAGUCCGAUUGUGCCUCCAGUAUGAGCGCAGUCCCCACUAGUUCUCCACUGCCUAGAAGUCGUAUACACCAUGAAGUCACCGAUACCACGGAAGACAGCGACAGUGAUGUGGAGGACAUCCGGAACGUGGUGGAGAAAUCGCAGUCGCAGCUCGUGCUCGCUGAAAAUCUGUUCCUGAGGUCGAAUACCGGGGUGAUGUCUGAGGAUUAUCAGAGAUUGAUUUGUUCUUUUAUGUUCCAGCCGGAGGUGGAGUGCGCGUGCAGAGAAAAUCUGAGGUGUCUUCACGCGCUAGUGGAGUCCGUGAGCAAUUCGUUCCGAAGCGAAAAAUAUGUGAAACAAAUCCGUGGUACAUUGGAAAAGUGGGAGUCGUUAACUGCCAAAGUCGAGGAAGCUCAAAUGGCUCGCACGCUUCACCGCGAAUUAACAGCGUUACGAACAGAAUUCAAAGCAGCACACGACAGACUCUUCUCGUACGAGAUCGUUUUGGAGCAGCCCCACAUAUUGGACGAGAAGGUUAACCGAAUUACGACCGAGCUGGCUGCGUUGAGGGAUCGAAAGGCGGCGAUGCUUGCGCUGAACGUCUCGACGCACAGACUGAUCACCGAUCUCGGUAAUUCGGCUUCGGUGAUAUUCACCACCUUGAAAGACGGGGUCGCGGACCUGUACCGUGUCUGGGACGAGACUUUCCAAAAGGGUAAUCAACAAUUGUGCGCCCUACAAGCCGUCCAGCAGUUUAGUAUUCGUUUGGCGGAGCUACAGUGCGCGUUACGAAGGGACAAGGAUACCCUUGCAGUUUUGGAUGUUGCCCUCCAGGCAGGGGCCACGUCCGAAGUGGCUUCAUCCGUACGUCACGUCGCCAGGCUACUGUCCGAGAAACAAGACAUCAAUUGUCAGAACGGGACAGUGCUGAAAGACACGACCACAGAGGAGGUGGGCAACGUGACCGGAACGAAAUUCGGCGACGCGUCGCCGACCAAUCUGACGCAGGAAGGUGGCUCGCUCUCGGACAGCGGGAUCUCCGACAGCGGUAGCGAGCAAGAGCUGAGCGAACGUGAACGACGGCUGGCUGCUCUACGCCGUUUGACCCGUAGCCUGGAGAGCCAAUUGGCGCCGGGCAGCGAGGCGCUCACUGAACUCUGGAAGAGAGUCGAGGACGCGGAGACGGAGCUACGUGACCUUCAAAAGCACUGCCGCGAGCUGAUCGUACGCACUGCGGCCAGCGUGGAGGCGCGCGCGGCAAAACGGACCAGCAGCCAGGUUCACCACUUUGCGGACAAACGCAAGAAGGCCAGUUCGAUGGAGAUGGCGAAAGGUGGCCCGGAGCGGAUCGUUUCGAUCGCGGCGAAAAGCGGGGCAACCGACGCCGGUGAUCCGGACAGCGAGCCAGGCCUGCCGCAGAAUUGGGUCUGGCGGAUCCUGAGGGCGGCGUUGCCCUUCCAGCUGGCCCUGGUCGCCCUGUUCUGCGCCGCCUGCCUUCUCGAGCCCCAUUGCUGCGAGGCGGCGAACACGCUGAACCUGUCUCUCACGCCUCAGCUGCGGUACGUCCGUGGCCCGCCACCGGUCUGA